CAAAUCUGAUGUUGGGGAAGGGGAGAGAAAAUGAAAGGAUUUAGAGGUUGGAGUCAGAUUAGGUGCACGGAUGAGUUUGUGGUGGAGAUGGAGCCGAGAUUCCAAGUGGCAUUUAAGGCGAUGGAGGAGCUAAAGAAAGGCGCCAUUGCGAAUCCUAACAAAGGACGGAUGGUUGGACACUACUGGCUGAGGAAUUCGAAGCUUGCGCUGAACAAAUUUAUGCAGCAGCAGAUUGAAAACACGCUCGAUGCUAUUUGCAAGAUCGCUGAUGAAAUCAUUAGUGGUAAGGUGAGAUUAUCAAAUUUUGGAGAUAGCAGUCUUGAAUUGAAGCUUCAAAGGGUCUAAAUGCAAUGACAAUUGAUAGAUCAUGAAAUUAUGGAAUUGGAGUUUAGAACAUGGCUGCUUCCUAAAGACUAGGAUUACUUUCCUGCUUCACUAUCCGGUCAGUUGGGCUAGGUGCAUUUGGGAGUGAACGGAAAAUACUAAAAAGUGAAUGUGUAACGGAUAAGGGUAUUUGUAACAUUUUUCAUAAACUUUACAAUGCUAA